AUGAUAGAAGUAGUCAACUUCUAUUUCGAGUGGCCGGCCGAAUUCUUCGACCCUGGUCUCUUGGUUCAGCUCGAAACUAUACCGAUCGACCUUAACCUCAGGGUUGCUAGCUACUGUGCGCCGGGUUAUGGAAUCCCUCUCAAAGAUAGCCAGACCUGGGUGACCUAUUUUGUUCGUAUCAUAGACACCCUCGUAAACCGAAAUGAUGUCGACGAUUGGGAGUGGCUGAAGACUUGGCUACGUCGGACGAUCAUAAGUCUGCCCGGCAAUUGGAUCCAAGACCGUAUAUGGAAACAUGAGUUGGCAGAUCAGCUUGAGCAGUUGAUCAUCCCGAACUUACAAGGGGCCAACAGGAUUCAGGGUGUGGCGGGCUACAAGGAUGGUGCGUGUCCUGAAGUGCAAUCUUUGGUUUGCUCUAUAAAGACAUUUCGGGAAGUAGAUCUCCUCGAAUAUUCUCUAGUUUAA